GUCUACAAUUACUGUUGAUAAUUGUAGUACUAAUGAUGCCAUGAUUAGACUUCUUUUGAAUAAGCUUGAUACUAGUUCUCUUAUGUUGGGUGGGUCUAUGUUGCAUAUGAGGUGUGCUGCACAUAUUUUGAAUUUGAUUGUUCAAGAUGGGUUGUCUCUUAUUGGUGAUGGUAUUGAGAGGAUUCGUGAUAGUGUGAUUUAUUGGACUGGAUCACCAAAAAGAAGGCAAAAAUUUGAAGAAAAUGCACGUCAAUUGCGUGUUCAAUGCACCAAAGAGUUAGUCUUAGAUUGUAAAACUCGUUGGAAUUCAACUUACUUAAUGCUUUCUACUGCAUUGAUUUAUAAAGAUGUUUUCUCACGUUUGGCUAAACGUGAAAUAUCUUAUACUUGUUUACCAUAUGAUUAUGAUUGGGAGUUAGCCAAAGAUAUUUGUGGGAGGUUGGAGUUGUUUCAUAGUGCGACUGAGUUUUUCUCUGGUCGUAAGUACCCCACAACUAAUAUGUAUUUUAAUGUGGUGUGUGAGUUGAAAAUUGCAUUGAAUGAAUGGAGUGUGUAUUCAAAUGAGAUGAUAAGUACGAUGGCGGAAAGUAUGCUUGCUAAGUUUAAUUCUUAUUGGGCUAAUGUUAGUGUUGUUAUGGCUAUUGCUGCUAUCUUAGAUCCAAGAUAUAAGAUGAAGUUAUUAGAAUUUUAUUAUCCUAAAAUUUAUGGUGAUAAUUCUAAUUUGGAGAUUGAAAAAAUUAAGAAUCUUUGUUAUGAUUUACUUGAUGAGUAUGGAGAUAUAAAUGAGUCCUCUGUAGAUAAUGAAGGAAGUUCCCAUGUUCCUGCUAGUACUUCAAGCCCUGUGGCACAAAUGAAAUUUAGGUUGAGUGGGGCAAUGUCAUCUUUUGAUGAGUUUGUGAAUAAUAGUUCAAGUAGUUCAAAGAAACAUGGGAGUGCUAGAAUGGAAUUUGAUCAUUUCAUUGAUGAGGGAGUGUUGAAGAGGAGUGAAGAUUUUGAUAUUUUGGGAUGGUGGAAAAGUAAUGGUUUAAAGUAUCCUACUUUACAAAGGAUUGCAAGAGAUAUUUUAGCCAUUCCUAUUACAACUGUUGCUUCAGAAUCGGCCUUUAGCACUAGUGGGAGACUUUUAAGUCCACACCGUAGUAGGCUACAUCCCAAGACUAUAGAGGCAAUGAUGUGUGCUCAGAAUUGGUUAUGGAGUGAAAUCAACGGUUCUUCAACUAUGUCCGGAGAUUGUACCGUUCAAACAAUUCUUGAUGAUGGGGAGCCUAAUGAAGAGGAUGGGAGUUGUGUCACAAUUAUGGAUGAUUAGACAUUUUGUAAUAAUUUAGUAGCCUUUUUAAUUUCUUAAACUUGUUGGAUUAAUUUGUUGGUUUGUAAUUAUUUUAAGCCUUUUUAGCAUUUUGUAAUUUUUUAGCCUUUUUAAUUUGUUGGUUUGUGGAGGAUAAGACAUUUUGUAAUUUCUUACACUUGUAGGAUUUGUUUUGUAACUUUUUAUUUUUGAAUUUCUUGAACUUGUUGGACUUUUGAUACUUAGUUCUUGGACUUAUUGGAUUUAUUUUAUUUUUAUGUUUAGUUGGUGAUUUUA